UCGCUCUCGCUCUCUCCCUCUCUUGUGUUCUGCAUCUGUUUUCCCUCCAGCUCCCCAUCUCUUCAUCAGUCUCUCAUCCUCUCUGCACUCAUCUGAGGACUCAGACUCUGCGGAACACUCCAGACUCUCUCUUCUAGUGACUAACUAUCACUACAGGAUGCCGCUGGGAGGAGGAAACAAGUGUGGCUGCUGUAAGAAGACGGUGUAUUUCGCAGAGGAGGUUCAGUGUGAAGGACAAAGCUUCCACAAGUCUUGCUUUCUGUGCAUGGUGUGCAGAAAGAAUCUGGACAGCACAACAGUCGCUGUGCAUCAGGAUGAGAUCUACUGCAAGUCCUGCUAUGGCAAGAAAUACGGCCCAAAAGGCUAUGGCUUCGGUGGAGGAGCGGGAACCCUCAGCAUGGACACGGGCGAAGCUCUGGGAAUCAAACCGUCCGGACAAACAUCUCAUCGUGCAACCAACAACCCCAACCCAUCAAAGUUUGCGCAGAAGCUCGGUGGUUCGGACGUUUGCCCUCGCUGUGGAAGCGCCGUGUAUGCGGCAGAGAAGGUGGUUGGAGGGGGGAACUCUUGGCAUAAGAGCUGCUUCAGAUGUGCAAAGUGUGGAAAGAGCCUGGAGUCCACAACUCUAGCAGAUAAAGACGGAGAGAUUUACUGUAAAGGGUGCUAUGCUAAAAACUUUGGACCGAAGGGCUUUGGCUUUGGUCAGGGAGCUGGUGCUCUGGCUCACGCUCAGUAGAAAUACAGCUGACGUCGGUGAACCCAGAAGGACAGACUGGUCACUUUCAUGAGAAACAUGUUUGAUAAAUGUUAUACACACACAUAUGAGUGCCUAAUUUGGUGUUCGGUUUAUACUAAAUUCAAUAAACAGUUUUAUUGUGAAAUCCAAAUAUUAUUAUCAACUGACAUUUUUGCAAUAAUAAAACUGGGUUACUUUUA